AUGAAAGAUCUUGGUAAAUUGAAGUAUUUUUUGGGUAUAGAAUUCUCCAGGCCUGAGAAAGGGAUACAUAUGUGUCAAAAGAAGUAUGCCCUUGAGUUAGUGUUAGAACUUGGUUUAUCAGGUGGUAAACCUAUAUACACACCUUUGGAGUUCAAUCAUAACCUAACAUCAAUUGAGUAUGACAAUGUAGUGAAGGAAGAUGAGAAAGAUAAAGGUUUUAAUGACAAACAACUUGAGGAUAGAAGCAGCUAUCAGAGACUUGUAAGAAGAUUACUGUACUUAACCAUGACAAGACCAGACUUGGCUUUUGUGGUUCAAAUUUUGAGCCAACAUAUGCAUGCACCUAAGCAAAGUCACAUGGAUGUAGCAUUGAGAGUUGCAAGGCAUAUCAAAUGA